UAAAGAGAGAGCGCACGUAUUGAAUGGAAGAUUGAAGAGAUGAAAAGCAUCACAAGACAGAACCCAAAUGUCAAAAGAAGACGAAACCCAAACACCGCCGCAAUCUAAGCAAAACCCAGAAGGAAACCGUCACGAUUUUAACCCAAUUCGCUGGCUUUGCCAAAACAGCUUCUGUGCGUGUAAGCCAUUAUCGUGGUAAUACAAUUAAAGUAAUUGUAUCUGUAAAGAAAGAAAGAAAGUAAAACCCAUUCCCAUUGCCAGUGCCAACCCACUUUCCCAAUGGCCAGAAUGAAAGCUCACGAUAAUAUUCUUUCCUUUCUUUCUCUACCCAUUCUUGCCUUGCCUCUGUAAAGACCCCACCUUAGGCUUUCUCCUCUCUUUCCAUGGCUACUCUUGAGGACAUAGGGGUCUCUGCGUUCAUCAACAUCGUGAGUGCCUUUGCCUUCUUGCUGGCCUUUGCACUUCUCAGGAUUCAGCCCAUCAAUGACAGAGUCUACUUCCCCAAGUGGUACAUCAAUGGCGCCAGAAGCAGUCCCAGGCAAUCUGGGAAUUUCGUCUCCAAAUUUGUCAAUCUCAAUUUCAGGACUUACCUCACUUUUCUCAACUGGAUGCCGCAAGCUCUGAAGAUGAGCGAAUCCGAAAUCAUCAGUCACGCCGGCCUCGACUCCGCCGUUUUCCUCAGAAUAUACAUUUUGGGCUUAAAGAUUUUUGGGCCAAUUGCUAUUGUGGCACUUAUAGUUCUUAUUCCAGUCAAUGUGUCGGGCGGUACAUUAUUUUUCCUUAGCAGAGAAUUGGUUGUCAGCAACAUUGAUAAGCUUUCAAUAUCAAAUGUUCAUCCUAAAUCUAUCAGGUUCUUCGUCCACAUAUCAAUGGAAUACUUGUUCACAUUCUGGACGUGUUUUAUGCUCUACAAGGAAUAUGAUAAAGUUGCUUCAAUGAGGUUAAAAUUUUUGGCUUCACAACAUAGACGUGCAGAACAGUUCACAGUACUGGUCAGAAAUGUGCCUCAUGUUUCUGGUCAUUCUAUAUCUGACAGUGUGGACAACUUCUUCAAAACAAAUCAUCCUGAUCACUACCUUUGUCACCAGGCAGUUUACAAUGCAAACAAAUUCGCCAAACUUGUGAGGAAAAGAGAAAGGCUCCAAAAUUGGCUGGACUACAGCCAGCUUAAGUUUGAAAGGCAUCAAGAAAAAAGGCCAACCCAAAAGAGAGGGUUCCUGGGGCUUUGUGGUGAAAGAGUUGAUUCUAUUGACUUCUAUAAACAACAGAUCACAGAUCUUGAUAGACGAUUAACAAUGGAGCGCCAGAGAAUUCUCAAGGACCCAAAAUCUAUUAUGCCAGCUGCAUUUGUUUCAUUUAAUUCACGAUGGGGGGCAGCUGUGUGUGCACAAACCCAGCAAAGCAAGAACCCCACACUGUGGCUAACAAAUUGGGCACCUGAACCACGUGAUGUAUACUGGAAGAAUUUGGCAAUACCAUUUGUUGCUCUUAGCAUCAGGAAGCUUGUGAUAUCACUGUCGGUUUUUGCUUUGGUGUUCUUUUACAUGAUACCCAUUGCUUUUGUGCAAUCACUUGCAAAUUUGGAGGGCCUUGAAAGGGUUGCUCCUUUCUUGAGGUCUCUGAUUGAAAUGAAAUUCAUCAAGUCAUUCCUCCAGGGUUUUCUUCCUGGUCUAGCUCUGAAAAUCUUCUUAUACAUUCUUCCUACUGUUUUGAUGAUUAUGUCAAAAAUUGAGGGGCAUAUAUCAUUAUCGAUACUGGAACGAAGGACAGCCGCAAAAUACUACUACUUUAUGUUGGUGAAUGUAUUCUUGGGGAGUAUAGCGGCUGGAACAGCGUUCCAGCAACUUCACUCUUUCCUUCAUCAAUCACCUACAGAGAUCCCUCGGACUAUUGGUGUAUCAAUACCAAUGAAGGCCACUUUCUUUAUUACAUAUAUAAUGGUUGAUGGGUGGGCCGGCAUUGCAGGUGAGAUUCUGAGGUUAAAGCCCUUGGUCAUUUAUCACCUGAAGAACAUGUUCUUGGUGAAGACCGAAAGGGACAGGGAGAAGGCAAUGAAUCCUGGGAGUGUGGACUUUCCGGAGACUCUCCCUAGCCUUCAACUUUACUUUCUUCUUGGGCUAGUAUAUGCCGUGGUUACUCCUAUCCUUCUCCCUUUUAUACUAGUGUUCUUCGCCUUUGCCUACUUUGUUUAUCGUCAUCAGGUAAUUAAUGUGUACAAUCAACAAUAUGAGAGUGUUGCUGCGUUCUGGCCACAUGUUCACAGCCGCAUAAUUGGAAGUUUGUUAAUUUCUCAACUUCUUUUGUUGGGUCUUCUCAGCACCAAAAAGGCUGCCAAUUCCACUCCUUUGCUUGUUGCUUUACCCGUAUUGACUUUAGCAUUCCACAAGUACUGCAAAAACCGUUUUGAGCCCGCAUUUAGAAGGCAUCCCCUUGAGGAUGCCAUGGCAAAGGAUUUACAAGAGCGCGCUUCUGAACCGAACCUCAACUUGAAAUCCUACUUGUCAGAUGCAUACUUGCACCCGAUUUUCCUCUCAUUUGAGGAAGUCGAGUUGACUGAAGUCAAAGUUGAAAAGAACCAGACUGAGACUCCCGGCCCCUCAGCCGACAGAAAUAACCAUCACAUCCUUAGUCCUCCAAGCGAAACAAGUUCACCCUCUCCAAUUCACAAGAAGUAUCUCCACGAAGAUCAACCGAACCAUACUGUCUACCACUACCAAGACCAGCCAAGCCAUACUGUCUAUCAUUACGAAGACCAGCCAAGCUAUGUAGCCCAUCCCUAUGACGAUCAGCCGGACAAUACCGUUCCCCGUUAUGACGUGGAACAGGCCUACAAUUUCUUCCAUUACAGAGCUGAUGAGUCGCCUUCUAAUGUCUUUCAUUAUUGAGGUAAGCCUUGGAUUGAUUUGUUCAGGGUCAAGUUCUUCUGCUUCUUGUACAUUGGACUGCUAACCGUUGUUUUGGCUUUAUGAGACAACUUGUUUCCAACAUUGUUGUGAUGAUUUGAAUUGUAAUUAUUCUCUGUCAAUGUAAAUGGAAAUGUGGGUUUUCUUGACAACUGGUCAAUUUUCUCUUCAAGCCCAAAGCAGAAGAAACUUGAAUU